AUGGUCCGCCUUCAAGAGCCGUCGAGCAUUACUCGUGCUGCCGUGUUGGCCAGGAUCAUGGAAGAAGAGGCGGAAAAUCAGCGUGCUCGUCCGCAAAUCACUCCCACGAGUCAACCUCCACCACCCCUCUUGCCACAACCACCACGGGCCGUGGGGGCGCCACGGCCAGGGGGCGCUGUUGUGCCCAACGACGACCUGGCACGCGAGCGCCAGCAACGCGAGCAUCGGUGUGCCAACGGCCUCUGCUUCAAAUGUGGAGAUCGGUACUCCCGCGAGCAUCGGUGCAAGCCAGCCACCCAACUGCCUACGAUCCAUGUCGGCGACUACGGUGAGUUGCUCAGCGACGACGCGGUCCACGCUUUGGACCUGCUCGGCGCACCGGCACAACCAGAGCCGACACCCGAGUGUUGCGUGCUCUCCACGCACGCUGUCACGGGGACCGAGACACCGCAUACUAUCCGUCUACGAGCGCUCGUCGGCAACCAAGUUAUGUUGUUGUUGGUGGACUCUGGGAGCACGCACAACUUCAUUUCCACGGCAUUCGUAGACCGCAUCAAAGCAACGUCAGUCACUGUGCCGGCGGUCAAGGUACGCGUCGCCAACGAAGAGCGCAUGUCCUGCAACAGCAUGGUCCAAGGGCUGCAGUGGUGGAUUCGAGGAGACACAUUCCGCAUGGACAUGCGGCAACUGGCUUUGGGGGCUUACGAUGGUGUGCUUGGCAUGGACUAG